UCCCCUAACACUGUAACCUCGAUAACGCCCACACUGUAAUGUGCGAAAGAUAGAAACUGCGCGCGCUAUCUGUUUUGAGGUUAAACUGGGAGUAAUACGGACUACCAUAACUCAUUUUUGAUCGAAGUCGAGGACUUCAUUAGCUCGGUAUAGAGACUGACAUGGCGUCUGCCAGCCCUUCUGUUGUGAUCAAUGAUGAAGAGCAAGGCUAUGACCUAGACCUCUUCUGUAUACCAAAACAUUAUGCAUCUGACUUGGAACGGGUGUUUAUUCCACAUGGACUCAUUAUGGACAGAACCGAACGUUUGGCCAGAGAUAUCAUGAAGGACAUGGGCGGCCACCAUAUCGUAGCUCUUUGUGUGCUCAAAGGAGGCUACAAGUUUUUCGCUGACCUGUUAGACUAUAUCAAAGCCCUAAAUCGCAACAGUGAUCGUUCCAUUCCAAUGACGGUGGACUUCAUUCGCCUCAAGAGUUACCAAAAUGAUCAAUCUACGGGUGAAAUCAAAGUGAUUGGUGGAGAUGAUCUGUCUACUCUGACAGGAAAGAAUGUCUUGAUUGUCGAGGACAUCAUUGACACUGGGAAGACAAUGAAGACAUUGUUAGAACUUCUCAAGCAAUAUAAUCCAAAAAUGGUGAAAGUGGCCAGUUUGCUGGUGAAGAGAACACCAAGGAGUGUUGGCUACAGACCAGACUUUGUAGGAUUUGAAGUCCCUGACAAAUUUGUGGUUGGAUACGCACUUGACUACAACGAGUAUUUUAGAGAUUUAAAUCACAUCUGUGUGAUCAGUGAAACAGGAAAGGAGAAGUACAAAGCAUGAGAAACCCUGAACUUCCCCCUCUAGCUGUGUAUCAUUUGUUUUUGAUAUACGUUUUCAUUUCUUAAUUUUGUAUUUCUCAGUUGCGCAGCUCAUCUUGGGUAAGCAGGUCCUCCACUCAGGGUCUCUGGUGAGGUGUGUGUACUGUUAUUGCACCUUGCAUUUACAUUUGCUUUUACUUUCGAUAGCCUCCUAUAAUUUUCAAGCACACAUUAGUAACCACAAACACUUUACAAUUCAGUACCUGACAAUAGUGGUCUUAAGACUGCUGCUUUGACUCUUUAAAACGUGUUUUAAAAACGGUUUAAGGCCAAAAUCCCUUUAAUUUAUUAAAAUGAUUUGUGUGUGACAUUUUGAAUAAGUGCUUGUGUUUAAGACUAAUAUAGAUCACACUGAAUAAUGCUGUUAGGUUGUUUGGCUUUGCCUAUUCAGUAUUUGAAAGAUCAUAAUUUAAAUGUGCUCUAAUGGCGAAAUGGAGAACAUUUAUAUUUCCCAGACUAUUUGCAGUGUAUUGCAUCAUAAAAUACCACUGUAAUAUG